UAUCAGCAGCCUUUGACAAGAGACAAACAGUUUCUCAUCAGACUUCAGAUUAUUUACACUCAUUUUACACUUAUUAAAUGCUCGGUACAGUUCAGUUCAUGCGGGAAAACAGAUUUAUAACUGAUAAUGCACAGGAGCAUGUUAUUUUGGUGUCUAUGUUGGCAUGUCUAUCUUUGUCUUGUGAUGGCCUGUGAUUGGUCGAAGAGGCAGGUUUAAGAGAGCCCGAAGCAUUCUGAUUGGACGAGGGACUAACAUGCUCUUCAUUAAGCCUGCAGACUGUUUGUGAAACACACAGUGAGUGUGUUCACCCUAAAUGAUUAUGUAAGAAGAAUUAACACCCCUCAAAUACACAGAUUACUGGCUGCAGAUAUUUCUGUCUCCUGUGUUUGAAUGUCCUUUGACAGGGAAAAAGAUCAGUAAGGAAGACAAGGACCUGUAGGAGUUUUGACUGCUGUUGUCGACUAUUUCAGAUUCUUACAGGAGUUCAGGAGCAUCAUGGCCGAGGUCUGCAGGAGGACUGAAUCCCAGUAGGGUUGCCUUCAAAGCGCACCCGGCUCGCCUCCGCGACGCAGAACCAUGUCUCUGACCUCCACCCAAACCCUGGCCCCGUUCCCGGCCCCCACUCUCUCCCUCACCACCUUCACUCCCGUUCUCACAAGUUCAGCAGAGCCCAGAACUGAGCCGGAGAACGUAACGUCCAGGACCACCUUCCACUCUGUCACGUCGUCCACCAACGAGACCGGCCUGAACUCCACACAGCUGCCCAUCGCUUCAGUGAAGGGUGCCGGGAUGGGGAUGGUGCUCGUGCCCUUUGGCAUCAUCACAGUCAUUGGGCUGGCUGUUUUCGUGCUUCUGUACAUCAGAAAAAAGAAAAGGCUGGAGAAACUGAGACACCAGCUGAUGCCCAUGUAUAACUUUGAUCCAGCUGAAGAACAGGAUGAUCUAGAGCAGGAACUCUUGGACCACGGACGAGACGGAAGCCCAGCUGGACCAAACUCCAAAACACUGACCACAAGACAGGGAACAAUGCAGAAACCCAGUCGACUUGUUUUCACUGACGUGGCUGAUGCCAUUAAUGCAUGACGACACUCACAUG